GUCUUGCGCGCGCUUUCUGUCGUCUCUUGCGUGCCUGCGUUUGACCGUCUGCGUCGCCAUAAUUGCUUUAUCGUUGCUUGCCCGCGUCCCCAUCAUUGCUCGACCGUUAGAGGUGGACGGCUGGACCUAGACCGCCCGUACGCUCGGUUUUUUUGCGUCGCGGGUGUUGUGGGCGUCCGUUGGGCGAUGUACGCAUUUGUAAAGUUUACCGACGGUGGCCGACUGGUUAUGCCGAUCUCGAUGAUAAAGAAGUUUAGGCCUAGGGAUGAUCAAGACUGCAACCCAAAACAAAAGCUUGAAGCGUUCUGGAUCUCUGAGAAAGGAGGGGAAGAAGGCUACUACGAAGCGACGGUGGAGAUGCUUGGAGGGACAGUUGAACUUCUCAUCCAAAAAAUGCAGAAGGCAAGAGUAGCAGUGCCAAGGAUUCUCAACAACCUCCCUGAAGGUGGAGUUGGAGACUCCAUGCAGAAGAAGUGGCCCGUAAGAAGGCUUCACAGAACGGAGCUGCAGUGUCCCUUGGUCGUCGAGCUUCAAACAGCCGCGAUGGCUUUGAUCUUGCUUCUACAUCACACUCGGAAAGCUUUCAGGCAUUUUAAAGAUAUUGAGGGUCUGCAAAGCCAGGAGCUUGUUUAA